AUGUCAGAGAGGAGAGGUCAAAAGAAGUCCAUUUUUCUGUCCUCAUUAUUAGUGUGUUGUAUGUUUGCUAGUGCGGAGUACUCCAGCUGUGGAGAGUACGAGUUCUUCAACCAGACCAGUAACAGCUGCCAGGCCUGUCCUCAGUGCCAGCCAGGACAAGAGCCGCAUAUGCCUGCUGACAUCCAAAGAAAACAGAGUGCAGGUAAACGCUUCAGUGAGCAACCCAGGGUGCCACGCCCUCUUGAGAGAGACAGCUGCACUGAAAGGUAUUACAUGCUGGAGAACAGACCCAGAAACCUCUAUGGGAUGGUAUGCCACUCCUGCCAGAAUGCACCGCGCAACACCAAAGAAUGCAUGCAAAGCAGCGGACCAAGGGAAAAACCUCUAAUUGACCCUGGCAGCACCACUGUGUUCCCUCAUCCAGAUAAAGGUUCAAACGGACAAGGUCACCUAGCAACGGCUCUCAUUAUCGCCAUGUCAACCAUCUUCAUCAUGGCCAUCGCCAUUGUCCUCAUCAUCAUGUUUUACAUCCUAAAGGCCAAACCGAGUGGGCAGGCAUGUUGUUCCGGACAAGUUGCGAAGGCAGUGGAAGCUCAGACCAACAAACAGGAAGACAAGAAAGAUGUCCCUGACAAUGUGGUGAUCUACUCAGAAAAAGACGAGUUUGACAAACUGAAAGCGCCGCCUCAGAAGACGGUCAAAAGUGAAAAUGAUGCGUCCUCAGAGAACGAGCAGCUGUUGAGCCGCAGCAUUGACAGCGAUGAGGAGGCAGCGUCUGAGAAACAGGGAUUGGCUGACACCAAUAACCCCAACCCCAACCUGUGCCUCGUCAACUUGGGCAAUAAGCCUGACCUCUGCUUGCUCUCUCUGGGGCUGCUGGAGAGUGACCGUGCCUGCAACGGGACCGCCACCAUCACAGCUGGCCAGGCCAACAACAUCCCGAGUCCCAACCACAUCGGAAAUGUCAACCACAUCACCAGCGCUAACCACAUCAGCAGUGUGAACGCAAUCAAUAACAACAAUAAAACCCCAGGGAUGCUACAGAAUCGAAGGAAAAAGAUCCUGGAUCUAUAUGCCAGAGCCUGCAAUGUGACAGAGGGCCUGAGCCCCACAGAGCUUCCCUUUGACUGUCUGGAGAAGGCCAGCCGCAUGCUAAGCUCCUCCUACAGCAGUGAGGCGGCCGUGGUGAAGACAUGGAGGCACCUGGCCGAGAGUUUUGGCCUGAAGCGCGACGAGAUCGGCGGCAUGAGCGAUGGCCUGCAGCUCUUUGAGAGGGUUAGCACGGCCGGCUACAGCAUCCCUGACCUCCUGACCCGCCUUGUGCAGAUCGAGAGGCUGGAUGCCGUGGAGUCACUCUGCUCGGACGUGCUAGGCAGCAGUGAGAUGGCGAUGGCAGCCGGACGGCAAGGAAUCAGCAGUUUUCACAGCCAGCUGGUCUGUCCAUCCCCGUACCCACCUCCCUCCCAACGCUGCGCCAGUGUCUAGACAGGUGGUGGAGCAAAGACUUAAGAGACUUGGAUGCCUUACAGUAUACAUGUAUGUAGGGAUAGAUAUUGCUCUGGCAAGGAGGACAGCACAUAUACAGUAUACACAUUACCCACAUCACAUGAAGAGUGUCAGUGGACCUUCCCAGGCACAAUCCUUUUUUCCCAUCAUGGGUAUUUUCUGUCAAGAAGAUAGCAAUCUGAAAUAGUUUGUAUGGCCUUAAUUUUUGGCUUUUAAAGUGCUACAGAGUUUGAGAAAGACAAUAAUAAAAAAUCCUCAGAUUCAGACUAUUCUCGAGUUUCGUAGUUCAGAUAUUUUCUUCUCUGCAAGAGCAAAAUCAGAAUUAGUUUCUAUUUUAUUAGAUUUUUGCCUUUUUAAAUUCUAAGGAUUUUUAGCACCAAAAAAAAAAUCACUGUUUUAACUGUGCGCCGGGCGCAAUACAAUAAUAUUUCAAAGCAAAAACAAAAUUUAGUGCGCAGUUUUAAAAGAUACAAUGGUGUGCAGCAGCGCCAACUAAGUGCCUUUCUUCUAGGCACACUGGUAUAACAGUGCAUUGUAAGUAGGAGAAAUGAGGAUGCCUUCUUAGCUGUCCUCUCACUUAACCUUCUGCUUCAUCCCGCUGCUGACGUAGCUAGAAUUUUUAUGUCCAUAUAAAGGAAACGACCUGGUUCGACCGCAGCAUCAGUUAACAUUCAGGACUGUGCCUUUGGCUGUGCUGCCAUCAUAUAGGAAGGACAGCAGAUACAAGCUCCCUACUUAGAAUGCAAUCAUUAUGCCCAGCUGGAAAUGCUAAAACAUCCUUCAGUUCAGCUUCCAUCUGGAAAACAUUGCUUGUGAACUUUGGGCAUUUAGGGACAACUCUGUGUCUCUUGCUGAAUCUUGAUGUCACCAGCCAAGACACAACUACAGUCAAGAGUUAUUAUCUGAAGACAUUAUGUCGGUACUUUUAACUAAAUGCUUUCGAGUGUCAGUCCCAUACAAUUCAUGAACACAGCAUUACUCUGUUGCUGGUGCUCUGCCUAAACACAGUAUGAAAAUCCACUUUCCACAACUUUAACACAACUACUUCCUCAGCAGUGACCCAGUCUCUGACCCUCCCCUAAUAACUCUUCCUCUCCCCAUCUUAUUCCCCUUUUACCCCAGUGCUGCGGUCUGCUGCUGCCGCCAGUCCUAAUUAUUAGGCGUGUGGCUCCCUGGGCCCCUAAUAGGCCGAAGUGUUGUGGUUUACAGAGCGGGUGCAAAGUGCCUGUGAUUUCCAGCACCCAAUUAAGCAUUUAGGGCCACUUAACCACCGAAAGCCCAGUGGAAAAGCUGUAAAAACCCUGCAUUAAAAAGAGAGAUGCCACGGCAGAGCCAUGACUAACUGCCCCCGGGGUUGCUGCACUGUGAACGGCGCAAGAAUGCAGCCGGCCAUGGUGGAAGCAGUGUACCUAUAACGUCUGAUUUUGCUCAGCUUUUGUGGUUGGCUCAGUCAAGCUCAGACAGGAUUUAAGCUCCCCUCUACCCUAUGGGACCAAUAUAGCAAAUGAGAACAAUAUGCAGUUUUGUGGGUUGUCCACUUACAAACCUGCAGCCAGUUUAGUGUUGUAUGUAGGCUACAGAGACUGAUGAUGGCUCCGAUAAGCAUCAGGUUACACUUUGUGAAGAGUGGCGCGUUGAUGCUCAUUUUAGCUCAAUUAUUAGUGAUGAUUUUAUAAGAUAAGAUGAUGCAGGUCAAUGUUCUGCUUUCUCUAGUGGUUAAGCUUCAAAACUCAGCUGUAAGCUCCAAAAUUCAACAAGCAACACCAAAACUUGCUUUGAUCUCAUUUCUUGGGAAUAGGACUGAUCCUUAUCUAAUGCCUGAUGUUGUCAGCGUAAUGUCUCGUGACUAAUCUGCACAGAAUCAAACACAUCACCUGCUGCCAAGGUCUUUUUUUUACUGCUUUUUGUUCAUAUUUUACACUGCAAACCCUUGGGCUGGACCCCAGGACUUUAAAUUAAUUAAUGUGAAUGUUUUUUAAGCAUGUAUUCAUAUUGUAUUUCCUUUAAGAUCUCUUGUCAAGGAAAAUAAAAAGCUCACAUUAAAUAUGACUGCCUUCUUAGAGCAGGAUUGUCUUCAUCAGAUCCAGAUAAAUUUAAAACAGGUUUAACUAGUUAUUUUUUAUGUUUAAUGCUGUUGAACUUUUGUAAAUAAUGUAAUUGCUGGAUUAAAUAGAAAUGAAAUGGAUCGAAACCUUGUUUUUAGGUAGGCAAAAUCUUGUCUGACAUAUAGUAUGCUGAUAGGAUGAUAUACAGAAGCCAAACAUGGAUUACUUACCUCACUAGCACAUACAGUAUACUAGAACAUGUAGAAACAGACACAAACU